AUGGACACGGUGGAAGGCAAGGCGAGGAGAUUAAGGGCAUGGAGAGAUGACGGCAGGUUGGUCGUUGCAACCAACGCGUUAGGGUUGGGCGUGGACGUGCCGGACGUGCGAUUGGUGGUGCAUGCCGGGAUGCCGAGGCGUUUGCGGGAUUACGCGCAGGAGAGUGGACGAGGAGGGCGGGACGGGGGGCGAAGCGAGGCGGCUGUGGUUUGUCGCAAGGCAAGGCAGGCCGCGCAAAGAAACCAGGCCAGAGCGGAAGGACGACCCCAGAGGGCGAACACGGGCCGGGGAAGGCAGGGUCAGAAGAAGAAGGAUGGAGAGGAGAAUGAGGAAAAGAAACAGCAAUGGGAGGAAUCAGUGGAAGCAUUCGUCGAGGGCAAGUGGUGUCGACGGCAAGUGUUGGACAAGGUGAUGGACGGUUGGAUGGAGCGGGCAGGGUGCGAGGCAGACGAGGAGGCGUGUGAUAUAUGUACCAGACGACAUUGGGAGGCAAUGGUUGAGGAAGAGUUGACCAUCAAGGAAGAGGAGGAGGAGGAGGAGGCCGGGGACAACAAUGCGGCGGUGAUGGAGGAGAUGGAGAGGAAAUUCGAGUCGCAGAUGCGACAGUCGAGGUUCGAGAGGUGGAAAGCAGAUGGAGAGAAGAUGAAGGCGGCGGCCGAGGUGGAAGAGUUCAAGGAGCAGUUGGAAAGGUGGGCAGAGCGUUGCGUGGUGUGUCAUUUAGUAGGACAAGGAGAAGUGUUUCAUGAGAUGGAGGCAUGUCCGCGGCAUGGAGGGGAAACAUGGACAGCGGUGAAGGGAAACAAGGAAUUCAUGGUGGAGGGGAUGUUUACAAAAAGGCGGUUCAGCAAGCAUGCGGUUGGUGAGAGCGAAUGGAUGCCAGUACGAGGGGGUGGGGAUGAACGUGUACGCGGGGGCAUACGCGUGGUAUUUGGAGUGGUCAAGGGCAGUAAUGGAACAGAUGAUGACAAAGGAUGGGUUGGUGAUGGAAGAUGGGGGUGA